AUGUCUUAGGGGAAAGAUAAACCUGAAGUUAAGAUACAUGCUAGUGAUAAAAUCUAAGAAGUAAAGGCAAAUGAGGAGAAACCUAAAAUGAUAGCUUAUUUUGAUCUAUUUAGAUUUGCAAAAAAGGAAGAUAUAGCAUUAAUGGUUUUGGGAUCAAUAGCAGCAUUUUUGAAUGGUGGAGCCAUUCCCAGUUUUUCUUUGAUAUUCGGAUCUAUGAUAAAUUCAUUUUAGGAAGCUGGAGACGAGAUGGUUAGACAGGCGGGGUGGAAUGCAUUGUGGUUCUUGAUAGUUGCUAUCGGGACUGGAAUUUUGUCAUUCACAAUGUUUUCAACUUGGAUGAUAUCUGGAGAAAGAUAGGGGAUAGAAUUUAGAAAAAACUACUUCAAAGCAAUAUUGCACCAGGAAGUGGGGUGGUUUGAUACUAUCAAUCCAAACGAGUUGAAUAGUAAGGUGGCAAAUGAAUCCUUCGCAGUGCAAGGUGCAAUAGGGGAGAAGGUUCCAACCUUUAUAAUGACCUUUUCGAUGACUUUUUUUGGAUUUCUAUAUGGAUAUAUUUGGGGUUGGCAAUUAGCAAUAGUAAUAACAGCCACCCUACCAGCCUUGACAAUAAUAAUGUCAAUAUUUUCUGUGGUGAUUCAACAAUCAGCAGCUGCAACUUAAGCGGCAUAUAGCGAAGCUGGAGCUUUGGCAGAGUAGGCAAUAAACUCAAUAAAGACUGUUAAAAUGUUAGAUGGAGAGGAGUACGAACACGGAAAGUAUUAUCAACUUUUAGAGGGAGCAGCACAUAAAACGAUGAAAUAUGAUUUAGGAGUAGGAAUUGCAAUAGGUUUAUUGUGGGCAGCUAGUUUAUGGUCAUAUGCUUUAGGAUUUUGGUAUGGUGCAAAGUUAAUUUCAGAUUAAACAUACAAUCAUAAUUAAGGAGAUGUUUACAAAGUUGGAGAUGUUAUGACAAUAUUCUUUGCUAUAGUAACUGGAGGCUUUUCUUUAGGAUAAGCAGGACCAUGUGUUUAGAACUUUGCUAAAGGUUAAGCAGCAGCAGCUUAGAUGUAUGAAAUCUUAGAUAGACAACCUAAAAUUUUUAAUCCAAGAAAUCCUAUUAAAUUAUAAGAUUUUAAUGGCGAAAUAGUGUUGAAAGAUAUCAAAUUUAAUUAUCCAAAUAGACCAGAUCAAGUAGUUUUGAAUGGAUUGUCAUUGAGAAUACCUCCUGGUAUGAAGGUUGCUUUGGUUGGGGAAAGUGGUUGUGGAAAGUCAACUGUAAUGCAACUAAUUGAAAGAUUCUACGAUUGUGAUUCAGGAGAAGUCCUUUUUGGUGGAGAAUAGGGAAUUAAUGUUAAGGAUCUGGAUCUUGUAGAUUUAAGAAGUAGAAUAGGACUAGUAGGCUAAGAGCCUGUUUUAUUUGCUACAAGUAUCAGGGAGAAUCUGUUGUAUGGAAAGGUAGAUGCAACUGAUGAGGAAAUGAUAGAUGCAUUAAGGAAGUCGAAUGCUUGGGACUUUGUAUCAAAAAUGGAAAAAGGAUUAAACACUUAUGUUGGUAUUGGAGGUAGUUAAUUGAGUGGAGGACAGAAAUAAAGGAUUGCCAUUGCAAGAGCCAUAUUAAAAAGGCCUUAAAUUUUGUUAUUAGAUGAAGCAACAAGUGCUUUAGACAGAACUAAUGAAAGAUUGAUACAAUAAACUCUGGAUGAAGUAUCAAAGGGAAUUACUACUAUUGUGAUUGCUCAUAGAUUGAGUACUAUUCAAAAUGCAGAUUUAAUUUAUGUUAUUGACAAAGGUCAAGUUGUGGAAGCAGGAAAGCAUUAAGAGUUGAUGAAUAAGCAUGGGAAAUAUGAGGCUUUGGCAAAGAAUUAAAUCAAUAAUGCAGAAGAAGAUAUGAAAUAAGUGAAGCCUCAGAAUUCUAAAUAGCAAUUAGAACCCAUUAAUUAAGUGGAUGAAGGAAAAAGCAAUCCUUAAAAAAUGAUAUCUAUGAAUGUCAUGGAGAAUAAAAGCAUAACAGAAGAAGCUGUAGAUCAGUACAAACAAUUAUAAGAAUUGGAUGUUUUAAUUAAAAGUUAAAAGUAAUCUACUGAUUCAAAAUAUGAGAAAGUGAAUUCAAACGAUAAACCCCCAGAGCCAGAUGCUUAGAUGGGAAGACUUUUCACAUACAACAGAUCAGAGAGAUUGUAGUUCAUAAUUGGAAUAUUGGCAGCAUUAGCAAAUGGUUGUACCUUCCCCUUAUUUUCUUUAUUUUUAUCUGAUAUCAUAACUGUGUUGGCCUAAUCAAAUCCAAAACAAUACGAGGGAACUAUUAGAGAGGAAAAGAUGGCUUAUGUUAGGAGUGAAGCCGAUAAAAAUGCCUUGUAUUUUUUCAUCAUUGGAUGUGCAGCAUUUAUAUUGUGGGCAAUUCAGUCCUUCUGUCUAUCAUAUGUUGGUGAAAGGUUGACCUUAAAAUUGAGAUCAGACACAUUUAGAAAAUUGUUGAGAAUGCCAAUUCCUUAUUUUGAUGAAGCAAAAAACAAUGCUGGAACAUUGACCAGCAGACUAGCAGUUGAUUGUAAACUCAUUAAUGGAUUAACAUCAUCUAUUAUUGGAAUCAAUCUUGCUAAUUUUGCCUCUUUAGUUUGCGGAUUAACAAUAGCAUUUUCAUCCAGUUGGGCACUUACUCUUGUAACUCUUGGAGUGACUCCCUUCUCAUUUAUCUCAGGUGUUUUACAAGCUAAAUAUUUACAAGGCUUCUCUGCUCAAACUGAUGAGGCUUAUAAAGACUCAGGCAACUUGAUAAUGGAAGCUGUCACCAACAUUAGAACUGUGUAUUCCUUUGGAAACGAAUGUAUCAUUCUGGGAAUCUAUUCUAAAAAGGUUCAGAUGCCCUUGGAAAUGGCUAAAUCCAAAGGAUACAAGGCAGGAUUUGCUAUGGGUCUAUCGUAAAUGAAUAUCUUCAUCAUGAAUGCUAUCGUGUUCUAUGUAGGAGCUGUCUUCUGUAGAGAUAUUGAUUUGAGUGUAAAUGAUAUGUUUAGGACUAUAUUUGCAUUGACAUUUGCAACCAUGGGAGCAGGGAAUAAUGCUGCAUUCGCUGGAGAUAUUGGAGCAGCCAAAAAUGCAAGUAAAAACAUAUUCGAGAUCUUGGAUAGUGAAGAUGAGUUUCAGAGAGAAGAACGAUUAAAAAAGCAGAAGUUCACUUAGCCCAUUCAAGGAGACAUUUGUUUCAAUAAUCUUACAUUCAAAUAUUAAUCCAGGGACAAAAAUGUGUUUGAGAAUCUUAGUCUCAUUGUUAAGCCUGGAUAAAAGGUUGCCUUUGUUGGACCUUCUGGUUGUGGCAAAUCAACCUUAAUGCAAAUGCUGAUGAGAUUCUAUGAACCAGAUUAAGGGGCUAUUACAAUCAAUGGAAUCGACAUUACUGAUUAUGACAUCCGUUAUUUAAGGAGGUAAUUUGGUAUUGUCUCUCAAGAACCAGUCUUAUUUAAUGGGACAAUCAAAGAUAAUAUAAAAUACAACCUAUCCUAAGCUUCUAUGGAAUAAAUUGAGAGUGCAGCCAAAAAGGCAAAUGCCUAUGAUUUUAUCAUUAAUAAUUAAUUUGAAGAAACACAGGCGGAAUAGAAAGGGAAUGAAUAAUAAAGAGGAUAAUGCUUUGAUAGACAAGUUGGACCCAAAGGAACUUAGAUAUCUGGGGGACAAAAAUAAAGAAUAGCCAUAGCCAGAGCUGUACUGAGAGACUGUAAUCUUCUCCUUCUUGAUGAGGCCACUAGUGCUCUGGAUGCAGAAAGUGAAUAGUUGGUUCAAAGCAGUUUAAAUUAAUUAAUGCAAGGGAAAACGACAAUUGCCAUUGCUCACAGAAUAUCAACAAUCAGGGAUUCUGAUGUGAUCUAUGUAUUUGAAGAGGGCAAGAUAGUAGAAUAGGGAUCCUAUUAGCAAUUGGUCAAUCAGAAGGGCUCGUUUUAUAAAUUAGAGUAAGGAAUUUCCUAGUGA